AUGGUUCCGUUAAUGCGUAAACUUCGCAAGAAACGCUACAAGAAGUGGCUCGAGAAGACCUGGGAAGAGCGUGUGCGGCAGGCAGCCGAGGAAUUGAAUCAACAAGAUGAACAAGUCAAAGGAAGAAGGCGAAAGCCUUCUAGGGACAUGGGAUCCAAAGGAAUGUCGCAAGAGAAAUCGGCGGAGGAAUUGCAGAAAGCAGGAUCCAACGAGCAUUUUGGAUCGAAAGAAGCAGGUUCAAAGGAGCCAAUCGGCUCAAAAGAAAAUAUGCAAUUUGGCUCAAAAGAGAAAGGUGGAGGAGGGGAUGAUCCAUUUGGAGACUACGUUUCUAAAAUGGGACACAUGGAUCAACCAGCUUUACCUGGAGUAUCUAAAUAUGUAUUUGAUGAUAAGCAGAAAAACCAGAAGGGUGGUGAUGGGCGUCCACCUCUCAAAUGA